UGCGGUGCGGCGGUCUAUCGACUCCUCGGGCUCGAGCGAGCGGGGAUAACCGAAGUGCGCGGCGCGCGAGGCACGCUGGAGGUGCCGCGGCGUACGUCAGCGUGCUAUAUGUCAGUAUAAAUAUUGUUCUGUCGCUCGCGCGAGCCGCAGCUUUACCCUGCUCCCUUGCACUCCUUUCUCGUGAAAUCCUCUUUCGCGCUCGCAUCUCCUCCCCAUUUUUUUUCCUCUCUCUUUUUCAUCCUCUCUCUCUCCUCUCGAAUUCCUUCAUUGUCUCUCGUCAAGCUGGUCGCGCGCGCGGUUCACGGAGCGCCUCGAGUCCGUCGCACACGCGCUCCGAUUCUGCUCCCCGACACGACCGGGAGUCGCCGUGAAUAAACGGAACGCGAAUUGCCGUGUGAUCGCAGUGUGAUAAACCGCGGGUUCGUUCGGUGACUCUUCCCCGGUGGCGCGGAAUGGUCGGAGUAAUUGCCCCGUGUAAUCCCGCAGGACGCGAAACGUCCGGUGAGCCGCGGUGACCGUGCCGCUCUGUCAUCUGUUUCCAAGAAAAGAGCGAGAGAGAGAAAGAGAAAGAGAAGGAGAGCGAGAGGACUGGCCUCUACCUGCACCGAGCGAACGAGCGAGCGACCGAGACCUGCGUGUGUAUAUGUGCGGUAACGUGGUAUGGCUCGUCGUCGGUGGUUCCUCGCCGCCUUUAUUACAGCGGAACCCGAAUGCGUGCGCGAACGCGAGCGUACCCCUCUCGCCUGACCGGCCUACCCGCCACCGUAAGGCUGCGUUCACACGUGAAAUCGAUUUUCGCGCGGGGACCGUCAUCCGGCCGUACCUCGCCGAGGAGUCGCAUUACCGCGGUUAAUGAACGGAACCAACGCCGGCCGAUCGUCCAAUCAGCUUUUAGCCAGGCUGGACGAGCGUAGUCGAAUGCAGCUGGGCUCAGCAUGCCCUCUAAGAAGCAGUACAACCUCGUACAUAAUGACGAGUACGACACGCGAAUACCGCUGCACAGCGAGGAGGCGUUCCACCGCGGAAUCGUGUUCCACGCCAAGUUCAUCGGCUCUAUGGAGGUUCCGCGACCGACUAGCCGAGUGGAGAUCGUGGCGGCGAUGCGAAGAAUCCGCUACGAGUUUAAGGCCAAAGGCAUCAAGAAAAAGAAAGUGACGCUGGAAGUCUCGGUGGAUGGGCUGAAAGUGACCCUACGGAAAAAGAAGAAGAAGCAACAGCAAUGGAUGGAUGAGAAUAAAAUAUAUCUGAUGCACCAUCCGAUUUACAGGAUAUUCUACGUCUCGCAUGACAGCCACGAUUUAAAAAUAUUUAGUUACAUUGCCCGUGACGGGAGCAGCAAUACAUUCAAAUGUAACGUCUUCAAAUCUAGCAAAAAGAGUCAAGCGAUGAGGGUAGUGAGAACGGUCGGGCAAGCUUUCGAGGUGUGCCAUAAAUUAAGCAUAAACAACACGGAGGAUCGAGGGGAGAAAGACGGGGAGAAUCACGGUGAAAAUUACGGUGAUGUUUACGAGGACCAAGACGAAAUUCCUAACGAGCAAUCUCAGCCUUCUCCGCCGCCAGUACAUAAAGACAUAUCAUUAUUGGGGGAUACUGAGGAUUCGGUUCCCGAGCAAACGUCCGUUACCUGUCUACUUCGAUCGCACGAUGGACCGGCAACGACAACCUCUACCUCACCAAUCAGACAGUCGCCGUCGGGCACGGUGACCUCCGAGUGCGGAGGUUUAUUGGUGGGAGGCGAAUUAACAGCCCUGAAGCACGAAAUACAGCUUCUGCGUGAACGUUUGGAGCAACAGAGUCAACAAACCAGAGCUGCCGUUGCCCAUGCGCGACUUCUUCAAGAUCAGCUGGCGGCGGAAACGGCAGCGCGCGUCGAAGCCCAGGCGAGGACGCACCAACUUCUAGUGCAGAAUAAGGAAUUGCUAGAACACAUAAGCGCACUGGUGGGCCACCUGAGGGAACAGGAGCGUGUUUCCGGUGGUCACGUCACCUCGCAGUCGCAAAUCCCGACGCCCGCGUCCAUGCAACAGAACGCGGCGGUCUCCGACCUGUCGGGCCUCGGCCAGUGCCAACGGACCGGGGGCCAGAGUUCGCCAUGGGAACUGGAUCCACCGACCUUUCCGUACUGCACGUAUCCGCCGGAAUCGCUGUAUUCCAGCGGUCUCGGCGCCAUGGGAAUCCAGAGUAACAACACCGUCGCGGAUCAGCUGCAAUUCCAAACGCAGCUGUUGGAGAGGCUGCACAACCUAAGCCCGUUUCAGCCCCAGAGAUCACCCUAUAAUACACCGUCGCCGUACGCGAUGGGCCCAAGUCUACUUCUACCUCCGUGCAGCGGACCGACGAAUUCAGCCCAGCUGUCUCCAAAUUCUGCGUCCCUGCGAGUCUCCCAACCGAACAGUUUUUCCUCGUCGCCGAUCAUGGCUCACAAGCUCGAGAGCUACGGGACGGACAAUUCGGAUCACGCUUUCAUAAAGCCCUUGCCGUGCACCAACGACAGAAACGUGGCUCAUCUGUCGGCCGAUGUUAAAGUCAAGCAAGAACGCUCGAAUCUGCACGAUUCUUCCGAAAUACCUCCAAUAAUUCUGGACCCACCACCGCAGGGCAAACGCACGGACAGCGCGAUCAAGAAGGCGAGCACGAAGCAAAGUUCGAUGGCUUACGGCAUGCAUCAGGACAACAAGAGUAAUUUGCAGAGUCCGAAAGGUCCGAAAGGAAUGGCGACCAUCCUGCGAUCGUCGGGUCCGCCGCCCUCCCGCACGACGAGCGCCCGAUUACCUUCGCGCAACGACCUGAUGACCGAAAUGCAGCGAACCACCUGGGCUCGCCACACCACCAAAUGACAGAACGCCAUUCAGUAGAAUAAUGCGAAUCUGCGCGACCUUCGGCUUUUCGAUAAACGAAGCCCGAUAAUUUCGUUAUAGAAUUCGAAGAAAACACAUGUCCAAGUAUAAUAUCCUCAUUAGUCGUGAAUCACGAGAAAAUUUACGCGUGGUUUGAUUUAACGGAUGACAGGGUUUGCAUUUUCUCCUCGAUCGCUCAAAGUCGAAUCUCAUACGUCAUACUUAGAGACUUCUAAGAUGUAUAGUACAUGACUUUUUUCGAUAUACGUAAAAAGUGGAUUGUAGAAGAACUGUCGAAUAAAUUGCCAAGUGAAAAUUUGUUGCUAAAUAAGAAAUAAGAAUUUUGAGAAUAUAUAUCUUUUACAAAGUUUUACUAGAGCUCUCGAUCACUCAAUGCAGAGUCAAUGAAUCACCGUAGUGUAGUGAUAUUCCUGAUGACGAACGUGAGAGUCGCGAUUUCAACAGGUUGUACAUUCAUUCGCAUCUUACGAGUAACGUCCGUGGAGUGUUAUAAAUCGUUAAAAGAUUGGAACGGUAGUCGCGUUCCGGCGAAUUAGUGGAUGUUAUACCUCACGCACGUCUCGCGUGUCCGAAGAGACGGAUUGUAAUACGUAAUUCGUACAUUUAUUCGUAUCCGCGACAUUUACAGUGUACUCCCGUGUAUAAAAAAAAAAGGUCGUCGUUUAGCGGACGAACUUGUGCCAAAAGUACCAAUCGUCUUAAGAGAGUUUAUUUUCAGUAUAUUUUUAAGUAAUGUAAAAAUAAAGAUAAGCGUGAUCACAGAGA